CCAGUUGGACCUUGAGUGCUAAGUGCGAACAGGUCCCCUACUUACACUAUGAAACGCAUCGCGAUUUCCAAGCCAUGGCCGACACAGUCGCCGAAGCCAUUGAUGCUUGGCCUGACAUGAGCGAUGGGACCACAGGCAUGAUUAAAGAUCGCGAGGGAUUAGUGAGCUCCAAGAAGAAACGUCCCUCGAAGCAUACUGAAAAGACUGCCUCGGCACGAUACAAGCCGGAUCCGCCUGGCACUCAACAAAAGAAGAAGAAGACAAAGGACAACAAAAAUGGACGCCCAACGAGCGACAAUGCCAGCAUUGACACAUCGUAUAAGGGCAUUCCUCCGGGCAUUCUGCACAAAAUGCUGAUCCAGGGCUACUUAAAAUCUGGAGCAGGCGGUGAAGUACCGCCACUGCAAAUUCGACGCACUUUGGACCAUUACUUCUACAGCCAUCUGGACAACACUUCGAAGAGGGACAGUGAUCAAGUGGUGCAGCGAUACACAUCCAAAAUCAUGGACAUGGAGCCCAAGAUGUUCAUGGUGGAUCAACUCUGGCUUUGGAUCCUGGAUAAUGAUACAGUUAUCAGUUGCUGUCCAAUGAGAUGGGAUUCUUGGGAAACAGACCCCCAAGCCAAACCAGAGUCGAAUACCCGUCCUGGUGAUCCUCCAGGUAACAGGCCAAGGAUAGGGGAGGACUUUGCGGUCCGUGAGAACGAUCCUCUCAACAUUUAUCAAGCCAUUGCCGAAUACAUGAGCAAGAUAAGACGAGACUCCAUCCAGAAUGUCGAGGAUCUAUGUCGCAUCAUCACAUCGGCGUGUCUCAAUGCGUUUGACCCUCACAGGGUGCCAGAAGAGUUUCAUUUCUUCGAUUUCAUGGAGAGGUCUAUAGGUGAUGUAAUUGAGCAAACGACUGAACGAUUCGAAGAAUUCCAAGUAAUGUUGGACACCGCCGCGGCAACAAAUGAGCUCCUCUCCGCCAUGAACAUUCGGAUCGAGGCGGAGACUAACCUUUUAGUCGAGAUUGAGGACAUUAGAGAUGAACUGGGCAUCCUAAGAUUAGUCAUUGAAGACCAGAAAUUUGUCGUUGACGACCUAGAGAAGAUUCUCUCCCCAGACGCAGAUGAGGCAUUCCAUCCGGCACAUGUUCGGAAGGAUCACAUUCUCAAAGACAAUCGUGUUCUGGAGAGCCAUUUUGCUCGAAUCAAGAGGAUGGAGGGCCUGACAGCAAGGGCUAUUCAAUCUCUUCGCUCACUUCUCAAGCUGAAGCAACAACAUGCCAGCCUCUCUGAAGCACAUUCUGCUCGCAGACUGGCCGAGUAUAACUCCGAGCAAGCUCGUCUUGCUACUUCCUACAACAAGCUAGUUGCCGAUCAACUCACAAUGGCGGGAAAGCAAGCGGAACAAACGGCUAAGCAGGCCAACGUGAUUCUCCUAUUCACCGUCGUCACUGCAGUCUUUCUUCCUUUAUCCUUCAUGACGUCGUUCUUUACCAUUGAGAUAGCCUCAUUUCCCGUCGACGAAAGCGGCAAGAUGGCCCUGUCCUAUGUUUUACCCAUCAUUUUGUCCGUAUCAGCCGGCGUGUCCAUACCGUUUAUCCUGAUUGCAUUCAACCUUGAUAAGGUGUCGGCGUGGCCUCGAAAAUUUUACGACGCCAUCAAGGAUGGAUACGAAGUCACGACUUUCAUGACAAUAGUCUGUUUGGUUAUUUUCAUCUCUCUUGCCGUCGUUCUCUCACAGCCACUUGCUGCGCCGAUUAAGGGCAGCAUAGGCGCUGCUCUAGGACUACUGAUCAGUGUGGUUCUGAUUGCUAUACUCAUCUGGAAGAAGGGGCGACAUUGGCUCUGAGCUGGCAUGUUUGACUAGAUAUGUAGAUAUGACGGGAGCUUAUA